AUGGAUAUCGAUGUUCUAACAGCUAAAAAAACAAAUAUGUUCACAUUGAACAUAAUAAACCACUCCGCCAAACAAAUGGCAGCCGCAUUGAUUAAAAUAUUCAAUGGAAAGCAUAUAUCGGCUAGAACAAAUAAUAGAAUGGAUUGGGAAUUUUAUUCCUAUGAAAUAGAAGUUAAAGAAUUGUGGACAUGUGAUAAAUUCUUUGAAUUAUUGAAUGGUAUUUUAGAUAUGAUACUUAUUUUAUAUCUAUUUCUUUCAAUAAUGAUGGCUUUGCUGCUCGGAUACAUUGCAUUUAUUAAAAUUAUUUCGUAUUUUGAUAUAAAUAGAACUGUGAUUUACUACUUGAAACUUUUUAUAAACACGCCAUUACUAAUAAGCACCAUUGCUAUAGCAGUAUAUUUUAUCAUUGAAAUUCAGAAAAAUUUAAUAAUUCCACUGUGGUGGCUAUGUAAAUCGCCAAUUCACAUCCUGCCAAUAAUGUAUGCGCUACUUAUACUGAUUUUUCUGGUUAUUUAUAUUCUAAUGAUGACUGCUUGGAAGUUUAUAUGCAUGAAUAUACAUGAAUGUGGGGUAAUGUACAAUAAGCUUCUGACAUUGAUGAUUUUUAUUAUUCUAUACUAUUUUGCAGUUCUAGAAAUUAUAAAUAUUAUAACCAAUUCUACAAAUAAUAGAUCAAUAAUAGAGGUGGUGAUUGGAGUUGAUCUUACAGUUAUGCUCAUGGCGAGCACUGUGUCUCUUUUAUGCUAUGCUAAAAUGCAACCCCAAAAUUUCAAUACUGUCUUACAUUCUUAA